AUUCUUGCUAUAUUAUCACGGUGAAAUAUCAGAAUAUUCCCGUGGCAGUUUAGCUAAUUAAAGAUUGAUUUAUGUUUCUAUUUCGCAGAGAAAGUCGCGAGCGCCCAGAGGGAACUGUCGGCACUAAUGAAACCGCUGAAAUGCGAUCUAUGCAACGCAGUUAUGAACUCGACGCUGCAGGCGAAGUUGCAUUACGACGGAAAACCGCACCAGAAGAAGGUGUCCAUGUUCCUCAACCAAAGCGUGAAGAAACAGAAAACCGAGGACGGGCAAGUCAGUAGCACGACCAACGACUGGCAAAAUUACUGCGACAUUUGUAAAACGUGGUUCACGUCGCAAACGGACGCGACGCAACACUAUGCCGGCAAAAAGCAUAUCAGAGCAGCGAACGGUGGACGACGAUCGAGGCCGUCGAAGAAGUCGCAAAAUCAAAAUCAGUACAGUCAAAUAGAUCCUACCAACCGAUUCGGGAUAGGAUUGGCUUUUCAGGCUGAAACGCAAUCCACGACUGCACCCGUGCAACCGGUUGUACCAGAAGGUGCCAUGUCGCAAACGGUACCGACCACGGUAGCACCGGGGGCAGGCGUGGGACCAGGAGUAGCAGCAGGAGUAACGGGAGGAGGAACCAUUUAUACACCACCAACUUACCCCACACCGCUACGUUGCGAUUUGUGCGGGGUUUCCGCCAACCGACAAGAUCAAUUGGAAACGCACAAGCGUGGUGCCAGACAUCUGAGGAUGCUCAGAUUGAACGGGUUACCUGUACCCGAACCUGGAGUCGAGAACGAAACCACUCCUGCCACUCCUGGACCUAUAGAUUAUUCCAUCUACAGGACACCCUCGGGCCAGUAUUAUUGCGCGCCGUGCAAUUUGUCGUUAAACUCCGAGAGCACGUUCGCUCAGCACGUGGAGAGCAAGAAACACAAGAACCAGUCGAAUCCAAAAUCUCCGUCGAAUUCGGCGGUGGCGUCGAAGAAGGCCAGAUCGAAGAAGAAAUAAAACCGCGGGUCCGUGAUGCGCGCAUCGCGUAGACGCUCUGUACAUUAUAAUUCUUCGUCUGUCCAUUGUUUUCACCGAAAUUUGUCUCUCUUUUCCCGUUAUCAUCGCGGAUGUAACGUCGUUGUAUCGAGGCGACGCACGAUGUUCCGUGCGAUGAGAAAUAAAACUCUUGUUCGAUAUGGAA